CUAGUAAGUAGAUGUUACGCUACUGUUAUAUAUCCCAGACCAUUCUCGACACUUUAACUCCUUUAUAGCGUAACCGAUGGAUUCCCUCUAUGACUGGCGUUAGCCCUUCUUUGGAUUAUUGCCAGUCUUCUCUUACGCCUAUAUGCGACAACUGUACGCAUCUAGCUUCUCUAGGAAGAUCGCCCAACCUAUCCGUCAACCGCGAGGGAUCGACUAUUAUCCUAAAUUCGACUACAUCAUCUAUACACUCGCCUAUACUUCGAUUAUAUCCUCUCAAUAACACUAAUCCGCGAUCAGAACCGGACCAUUCUUCAAUCAGUCCAGAUAUAUAUAUUUUCGCCCAGUUGAGAGCAUGGCUCCAAAAUUGUGACCAAACCCAUUCUUGCCAUGGUCGCGGCAAGCGAUCAUUACCUACACGACUUUUAAAUGUCAAUCCAUCUAGUAACCCAGACGAUUUACGCCUUGACCACAGAGCUAAGAUUAAAGGCGAUAAGUUUAUUGCUCUGUCUCAUUGCUGGGGCCAAUUGGAUGAGGAUAAAUCACCUUUGUGGCGUACAAAGCGAGGACAUCUUCGGCCCCAUAUUAGGGACCUUAGAUAUGGAGACAUUCGCAACAAGCUUCGAGAGGCUUUCGAAGUGAUACGAGAGGUUGGUUUACAGAAUCUUCGACAUACGUUCCAAGGGGAACUGGCAGACCGAUCAGUUGGAUUCAAGCUCAGCGAACUUCCACAAACCUUUAUGGAUGCUAUCGAGGUCGUACGCCAGCUCGGUAUACAAUAUCUAUGGAUCGAUUCGCUAUGUAUCAUCCAAGACAGUGACCAUGAUUGGGAAAAAGAGUCGAAACGAAUGGAGGAUAUCUUUGCAUCUGCCUAUUGCACAAUAGCAGCAACCGUGGCUCCAAACUCUCGUUCUGGCUUUCUUGGCGGAAGAGAGAUGAACAAAGGUCUUUAUGUUCGAAACAACAGCGGCGAUUCCGUUUAUAUAACGACAAAUCUAGCUGAUUUCGAUAAAGACGUAAAUGAUACAAGUCAGGCUCCAUUGAACACACGAGCUUGGGUCAUGCAGGAGAGGCUUCUCUCAUCGCGCACGAUACACUUCAGCAAAAACCAAGUGUAUGGUGAAUGCGGUGAGGGUGUCUAUGCAGGAGAUAAAAUCUGGUUACAAAGUUUACCAGGAAGCAAGAAAUACUUCCAGCUUGACCCCCAAUUCCCAGACCGACUCCGGCAAACUGGUUUUGGUCGUACUAUCGAUUUUAUUGAAGCUUUAAUCGAAGACUACUCUUGCCGUAAAUUGACAAAGCCUUCUGAUAGGCCUGUCGCAGUUGCCGGGCUAAUGGACCGUAUUGCGAAAGCAUUGCCGUGUCGAAUACAUUAUGGAAUCGUUGGAUCGUAUCUACAACGGACGCUUCUCUGGCAACGAUCAGAUAAGCAGGUAAUAGAAAGGAUCAAAUAUGAUCGCUCAGUGCCAUCGUGGUCUUGGAUGGCUUACGAGGGAGCUGUUCGGUUUAUACACGCUAAGUAUAAGUGGGGUAAUUUGGAUUUGUUCACAAAUCAAAUCGAGUUUGACGAAAAAGCUCUAACGGUCUCUAUAUGGAAGUUUAAAGACUUACGUAUAACGAUUGAGACAGGAAACGGCGAUGAAGACGCACAAUUGUUCGAUACUAAUAAAUCGAAGAAAGGAUGGAUCAGUUUCGACAGAGAGGUUGAUGUUUCGGCUAUACCAAAGAUGGUUAUUGUCGCAAAGCUGGGGGAUCACGCCACUGGUCUUCGAUAUUUUGCGUUGUUCGUAAAGCUUGUGUCUCCGGAUGCUAAUGAGUAUGAAAGGCUUGGCGUAGGAAGGAUUGCGGGUGAUUGCGAUAUGGAAUUAGUAGGGGAGGGGUGUCGCAUCUGCUAAGCAACCACGCAUUUUCCCUUGCGGAGUAUGGGGUGCAUUUCACCAUUUUUAUUCGAUCCGGGCGCCCGUGAGUGGAAAUUGUGCAGAAGGUUCAGCAUUUGGUCUGCAGUGUGCCAGCUGGGAGAGCCGCGUCUUCACGACAAUCUUAGCUAAAAAUGGUGUGAUGCCUUGACUACUGGCUGAUUAAGAGGUACAGUUAACUGGAAAUUCAAGCAAUAUAAUCACGACCAAUCUUAUUUAGCUGUUAGUAAAGAAAUUCGCUACAUGUUACACAGGCCUUGACCAAUACUGGAG